AUGAUGGAGAUGAUGAUGAAGAAGGAUGCUGAGACGCAACAGACAUUUAAAAAUCAUGCUGCCACCAUCCAUAAUCUUGAGGUGCAGAAUCAGCAGAUGGCUAAAGCACUGCAAAGCAGAAAUCAAGGGGGUUUACCAUCUACUACUGAGGAAAACCCCAGAGAGCAUCUCAAGGCUAUUGAGUUGAGAAGUGGGAAAGCACUGGAUGAUCCAUAUGCAGGAUGUGCUACAGUUGAGGCGGACAAGGAACAAUGUGAGGGUGGCGAGCCUGAAAAGUUAGCUGCUAAACCACCUCCACCACCUCCUUUUGUGCCAAAGGUGACAUUCCCACACAGAGUGAAGAAGCCGCAAGACACUUGGAAGUUUCACAAAUUUCUUGAAACUUUUAAGAAGCUGCAGAUAAACAUCAGUCUGGCAGAUGCGUUGAGAGAGAUGCCGCAUUAUGCGAAGUUUUUCAAGGAGAUCAUCACCAACAAGCAGAGUUGGGAUGCAGAGGGACCGGUACCAAUGACAGAAAACUGUAGCUCAAUCAUAUUGAGCAACCUACAGACCAAGCAUAAGGAUCCAGGGAGUUUCACUAUCCCUUGUACUAUCGCUAACAUGCAAUAUGUACAGGCUACGCCGAUGAUGCCGCAUCUAGCGGAUCACUCUCUGAAGAAGCCACAUGGGAUUGUGGAAGAUGUCUUAGUUAAGGUCAACAAAUUCAUAUUCCCUGUGGAUUUUGUUGUCCUUGACUAUGCUGCAAACAAGGAGUGCCUGAUGAUAUUGGGGUGA